AUGGAGGAAGCCGCGGCUGGGGUGCUUUUGGCCUGGAGCAUUGUUAUCGCUACAUUCCACUGGUGGAGGACGAAGGCAGAUGUGGUGCUGCUAUGCCAGCAGGUGUUGAGCUACAUUCAGCAAGUUCGUCGCAGCAUACUACAUUCCAACCUAUCCAGGCAGACUUCAGCGAAGCGGGUUGAUGAGGCCAUGAAUCUCCUAAGGGAGGAGAACUAUGUGUUGACUUGCCGGAUUUUGCAGCAUGCAACACUACUGACCUUGAUCACAAUUCCCAUGACCUAUGGGCAAGACUUGGCUACGUGUGCAGGUAUGAUGCUCUUGGGUCUCUUCUCCUAUGGAAUGCAUACGUCCCUAGCGAAUGGAUCACUACGUCUUUCUGCCAAUAGUUUAAGAUAUCUUUUCGGAGCUUACUAUCUCAUGAUAAUCGCGUUUCUUUGGUUCUUCCCUCACGGCGCCGGUGAACAAACUAUGACGCACCAGAAGACAAUUCUUGCGGCUCAGUUUGCAGCGGUUGUUUGCUUCGCUGACAGCACGGUCAACGUGCCUGGUCAGAUAGCCAUGAUGGUGGCAGAAGUCGCUCGCUACGGUACAACAAACGGCUGGAACCUUGGAGUGCUGGAGUUCAUGGUAGGCCAGAUGUGCCUGACGCUGAUGAUCAUGGCCACGUCCGUCGUGCAUGAACACACCCUCCGAAGCCGGAAGUCCGCGGAGAUCCGACACGUGGAUGCAGAGUCGAUGAUAUCGAGCUUCCGGAGGCUGCUAGAUGAGCAGCUAUGCAUCCAGGAUGAUGGCGCGGGGCUGAACCGUCUUCUCUCAAUCAACGAGGGCCUUCAAGGCAAGAAGUUCGAGGACUUUCUCGUUCAUGACGAGAAGGAAAUGGAUCGGUUCCGAAGUUUCAUCUCCAGAUGGGAUGAAUUAGAAACUGAGUCCGCUGCACCUCCCUGUCUUCGUGUCUCCUUACAGUCCAGUAGUGGGCGGCUCGGUGUUGACAUCUUCCAUGUUGUGGUCCCGCAUAAUGGCUGCAAUGGGCCAUGCCAUUUGCUGGCCAUGAAGCUGGAUACCGAGUGCUUUGCAGAGUGCUACGCUGUACCCGAAGCAGAGGUUUUUUCCAACGCUGGAAGCCCUCAGCCUUCAACCCCCACGACCCCCGCAUCCUUUCACCGUCAACAAAGUCCACCGUCAAGGACCUCUGACCUUUCAGAUAGCACAGCUCUGCUGCAGACGCCAGGCCUGAAGGAAAUGAUGCUGCUGGUGGAUGUGAGGGAUCAGCUGGGCGUUCUUCAGGUGCAUCUGAGUUACAAGGACCGGCAACGCAAGAGGGGAAGAUCGAGCAGGAGAAGCGCCGACGGUUCACACCGGUCCAUGCCAUUGUUGCGAAGCUUUGUGCGACCAACAGAUUGGGGGACAGUGUGUCAACAAGUCCAGGGGUAUGCGAGCCGACAUGAGAACUCUGAGCAAUCCUUGGGCCGGCUAUGGAUAAGGAUGUUGGAGCGUCCUUCAACAUACAUGGUGGCGCAACAGGCCAGAUUAAAGCCGACGGGACACGCUGAAGGCGUUCAGUGCUGGCUUCAUUUGAAGGACUUACGGCAGACGCAACAGGUGCAGCGUGCACCUAGUGAGCUGGAGGACAUCGGUGAGGCCGGCCAAGCUGAGUCGGAGUCAUCAUAG